CUGCUCUCCCGGGCUUGUCACUCACCGCUGUGCUGGCUUUAUAAGUGGGCGAUUCAAUGUGCUGCUGGAGCAUGAGGAGGAGUCUCAACUAUCAAUGAAUGUGAAAAUCUGGAGAUAUAUAUAUUUGCUUUUGCCUUGUAACAGCGGCAGACAGUCCUGCUGGAAGGGAACGCGGCGAGCUGUGGAUUGCUACAGCACCCUGGAGCAUGGAAAGACUUGCUGCUAAAGGCGUUUUAAGGGGAGCUGCUCCCUAAUGUUGGGGGGAGGGGGGUCUACAAAGUCUACAAACCCAUGGGAAGUGGACAUGCAUGGAUCACCGGCUCGGCUCUGAGCAGUUUUCAGGAAUGGUCCUUGGAUAAAGCUUGCUUGGUAAUAUAGAUCUGUUUCUUUUAUAUCUGAGGAGGCUCCUGGAGAACAGUCCCCCACCCCCCCCACCCCCCAAAAAUAACUUCAGCCAUGAAUUCAUCCAAUCCAAUUAUCUUCAUUCAUUCUAUCCAGUUCAACGCCACCCUGGACUUCAACGAGACUCUCCUGCUCAACAACCUCAGCAGCAUUGAGUUUUGUGAGCAGGUCUUCAUCAAGACCGAGGUCUUCUUGACCCUGGGGAUCGUCAGCCUGCUGGAGAACAUCCUGGUGAUCCUGGCCAUCCUGAAGAACAAGAACCUCCACUCGCCCAUGUACUUUUUCCUCUGCAGCUUGGCCGUGGCCGACAUGUUGGUCAGCGUGUCCAACGCUUUGGAAACCAUCGUCAUCGCCGUGCAGAACAGGUACCUGGACAUCGGGGACCGGCUCCUCCAGCAGCUCGACGACGUCUUCGACACUUUAAUAUGCAUCUCUCUGGUGGCCUCCAUCUGCAGCCUGCUGGUGAUCGCCAUAGACCGCUACAUCACCAUUUUCUACGCCUUGCGCUACCACAGCAUCAUGACGGUGAAGAAAGCGUUGGCCUUGAUCAUGGUCAUCUGGAUCUCCUGCAUCAUCUGCGGGAUCGUCUUCAUCGUCUACUCCGAGAGCAAAACGGUCAUCGUGUGCCUCAUUACCAUGUUCUUCACCAUGCUGGUCCUCAUGGCCACCAUGUACGUCCACAUGUUCCUGUUUGCCCGCCUCCACGUCAAACGGAUUGCGGCCCUGCCCGUGGACGGCGUGGUGCAGCAGCGGACGUGCAUGAAGGGCGCCAUCACCAUCACCAUCCUUUUAGGGGUCUUCGUCGUGUGCUGGGCUCCUUUCUUUCUGCACCUCAUCCUCAUCAUCUCCUGCCCCGCCAACUCCUACUGCAUCUGCUACGGUGCCUACUUCAACACGUACUUAAUCCUCAUCAUGUGCAACUCUGUCAUCGACCCCCUUAUCUACGCCUUCCGCAGUCUGGAGAUGCGGAAGACCUUCAAGGAGAUCAUAUGCUGCUACGGCAUGAAUUUUGGAAAGUGCGGUUAGAGCGCCCCCCCCUCCUCCCCUCAAACACGUGCGGUUGUGUCUGUCAUUCAUAACAUUCAGUCCAUUUAACCAUUCAUGGUUAGGUCUGGUUUAACACAGUGAAGGGUUUUUGCAAGGUCUGGCCAUCUCACAAACAAAAUGGGUUUGAAAAUGUAUAUAUAUAUUUUUUUUUACAAAUAAAAUCAAAGUUAAUGAUAAAAAGGAAUAAUUGUAAAUCAGUGGUCACCUUUCCUUAAUUUGACCAUCUUAAGGUGGCUGUGGGUUUGCACUUGUCUUGGCAUUAUAUUAUAUUUGCAAAGUAUAUAUAUAUUUAAAAAAAAAAUAUUCACAGUUUAAGAAUAGAAAUAAAAAAUAUGAGAAAGAGUUUAAGAAUCAAAAAAAAAGAAAAAUGUUUAAUUUCCAUUUGAGAAAAUAUGAGUUUGCAAAUCAAAAUAAAAUAAAAAAUUAUAAUAAUUUUCUACAUUUGAGAAAAUAUGAGUUUGAGAAUGAAAAUCAAAAAUGUUGAUUUGCUACAUUUGAUGAAAUAUGAGUUUGAGAAUCAAAAGAAAAUAUAAAUUAAUUAAUUUGCUACAUUUGAAAAAAUAUGAGUUUAGGAAACAAAUUAAAAAAG